ACAUUCUCGUCCCAAGCCUCAACUCCGCACAGCAAGCAUGGAUGCUCUGGGUCUCUCUGAAUUACGGCAUCUAAAGCCACGACAACUCCUUUCCCAAGUUUUGAACUUUGCUUUGAUACUUUCAACAGCGUUCAUGUUAUGGAAGGGUCUUUCAGUCGCAACUGACUCGCCCAGUCCUAUUGUCGUGGUGCUGUCAGGGAGCAUGGAGCCGGCAUUUCAGCGCGGGGACCUAUUAUUCUUAUGGAACCGGAAUUUGGAACUCGAUAACCCUCCUACACCUGGAACGCAGGUCGGCGAAAUUGGUAGGCUGUUGCUCGUGACACUUCGUACAGUUGUGGAGACAUGCAAUCACACGUACUAACGGAUGGGGAUGUAGUUGUGUACAAUGUCAUCGGGAAAGACAUCCCCAUCGUCCACCGAGUUGUGCGAAAGCACCAGGGACCGUACGUAUCACGUCUCGACCAUCAGAUGGAACUCUACUAACCGAGUGAGCAGCAAAACGCCUCUCCAUCUCCUCACCAAGGGCGACAACAACCACGCCGAUGAUACCGAGCUCUACGCGCGCGGUAGGUGGUACCUCGAUCGCGAGAAGGAGGUUAUUGGGAGUGUGGUCGGAUAUGUGCCUUUCGUGGGUUACGUUACCAUUAUGCUCAGCGAACAUCCCUGGAUGAAGACAGUAUUAUUGGGUAUCAUGGGAUUACUAGUUAUCGUG